AUGACGAUACCAACAAUAGAAGAACUAAAAAAAGAGAAGAUUAUACCACAUGUUUUUCCUGAUGAAAAUAUUAACUUAACUGUAGAUCUAUUUGUACAAUUUAAAUCAGGAAAAGAAGUAAAAAAUGGAAAUUUAAUCGAUUUAUGUGGUACUGGAAUUGUACCAAGAAUUGUGAAAUUUUCCGAAGAACCUCCAGAUGGUUUUUGUUUCGUUUUAUUUAUGGUUGACCCUGAUUAUCCCUCUAGAAAAAAACCUGAAGGAAAAGAAUAUGCUCAUUGGGUUAUAUCUGGUAUAAAAUCAAAAGAAUUAAAAAAGGGAACAGGAGAAAAUUGUAUUACCUUAUUACCAUAUAUAGGCCCAUCUAUUAAAAAAGGUACUGGUUUACACAGAAUUAGUUUUAUUAUUUUAUUAAUAAAAGAAGAAUAUAAAGAAAAUAUUACUGGUAUACCUAUUUAUAGAGGUGAGAAUUAUAUCACUAGAGUAAAAUUUAACAAUUAUGAAUCUUCUUAUUCUAUUGCUCAAAUUAACAAUAUGAAAAUUGUAGGAUAUAACUGGUGUCUAAUAGAAGGAUGA